UUGACUUAGAAUUCAGAGAAAGAAAGAGAAAGCAAAAGGGAAAAAGGGCAUCAUUUUCAGUUAGUGAUAUUUGAAAAAACUUGUAUUGCACCCAUUUUCCGUGAGUGAGUGAGUGAGAGUCACACACAGAUCCAGCAUUUGGUUGUUUCCAUUGCUCUCAGAAACUCAAAGUGCUGCAUUGCACAAUGAAGCACCCAAAACCCCAAACCCCAACACCUGCACCCUCAUCAAGAUCUUCAUCACUCUCGUCGCACCUCGCUAUGGUGGAACUCAAGCAGAGGAUCCUAACCUCGCUCUCAAAGCUCUCCGACAGAGACACCCACCAGAUCGCCGUCGAGGAUCUCGAGAAGACCAUCGCCGCCCUCUCGCCGGACGCCAUUCCCAUGAUACUAAACUGCCUAUACGACGCCGCCACCGACCCCAAGCCCGCGGUCAAGCGCGACGCCCUCCGCCUCCUCGCCGCCGUAUGCGCCGCCCACUCCGACGCCGCCGCCGCCCACCUCACCAAGAUCAUCGGCCACCUCGUCCGCCGCCUCAAGGACGCCGACUCCGCCGUCCGCGAUGCCUGCCGCGACACCGUCGGCGCGCUCGCCGCCCAGUACUUGAAGGCCGACGCCGCCGCCGCCGGCGGGGUGGGCACGGUGGUGGGGCUGUUCGUCAAGCCGCUGUUCGAGGCCAUGGGGGAGCAGAACAAGGGCGUGCAGGGCGGCGCGGCGGCCUGCAUGGCCAAGAUGGUGGAGUGCGCCGGCGGCGGCGGCGGCGGGGGGGAGGCGCCGGUGGCGGCGUUCCAGAAGCUGUGUCCGAGGAUCUGUAAGCUGCUCAACAGUCCCAACUUUAUGGCCAAGGCGGCGAUUUUGCCGGUGGUUGCUAGCCUGUCACAGGUUGGAGCAAUUGCACCACAUAGUCUGGAACAUUUGCUACCUAGCAUUCAUGAAUGCCUUACCAGUACUGAUUGGGCAACACGUAAAGCAGCAGCUGAGGCAUUAAAUUCCUUGGCUUUGCAUUCAAGCAGCUUGGUUACUGAUAGAACAGCACCCACAUUGACAGUACUUGAGGCUUGCCGAUUUGACAAGAUAAAGCCAGUGAGAGAUAGCAUCAAUGAGGCAUUGCAAUUGUGGAAAAAGAUUGCAGGGAAAGGAGAUGCAUCCCCUGAUGAUUCAAAGCCCUCAUCUGACGGUGGGAAUGAGCCAGCUAUUAUGUCAGAAACAAAUGACUCAAAAAAAGUAAAUCCUGAUGAGAGGAAGACUGAUCCAUCAGUAAAGGAUUCAUCAACUAGUUCUUCAAAUAUGGAUUCAACUGCUAAGGCCAAAGCAGCUGGCAUCUCAGAGAAGGCAGUUGUAAUACUGAAAAAGAAAGCACCUGUAUUAUCUGAUAAAGAACUAAAUCCAGAAUUUUUCCAAAAACUUGAAAGAAGGGGUUCAGAUGAUUUACCGGUGGAAGUAGUUGUUCCUCGUAGAGGCCUCAAUUCUUCAAACAAUGAGGAAGAAUCAGAGGCAAAUGCUAAAGAUUCAAAAGAAAGAACAAAUUCUGUUGGAAAUAUCUCUAGCAAUGAUGAUUUUCAUGGAUCUUCCAGUAAUAAAUAUCGUAUGUUUGAGCGAGGCAAUGAUGGAAAUUCCAAACAAAGGAAUUAUGAUGAUUUUGGCCAUGACAGAUACACUGAAAGGAGAGUGAGUUCAAAAGAACUGAGGGCAAAAGCAUAUGAUACUGAUGAUAGGACUGAAAAUGAUCAGAGGGAUGGUUCUGCCAAUCUUGCAGGUUUUUCUAAAACGGAUGGUCAAUCAGAAGUACCCUUCUCCAAUAACAGAGGAAACUGGUUGGCCAUCCAGAGGCAGUUACUGCAACUGGAAAGACAACAAGUUCAUCUGAUGAACAUGCUGCAGGAUUUCAUGGGUGGAUCACAUGAUAGCAUGGUUACGCUAGAGAACAGAGUGCGAGGUCUUGAGAGAAUUGUUGAAGACAUGUCACGAGAUCUAUCCAUAUCAUCAGGUCGUAGAAACUUUUCAGGGUUUGAGGGAUCAUCUAGUAGACCUUCUGGCAAGUAUAAUGGUUUCAAUGACUACUCCAGUUCCAAGUAUGGGAGAGGUGGUGAUGGACGCAUGCCAUUUGGUGAAAGAUUUGCUCAGUCUGAUGGAAGUGCUUUGGGAAUGAGGGGAAGAGGGCCAUCUUGGAGAUCUGACAUGUCUGAGGGGUGGGAUCUUCCCGGCUAUGGUGCCUCUAGAAAUGGCCAGAUUUCCUCUAGGAGGGGUUUUGGGGGUAGCUCUGCUGAUGGAAGAUCACCAAAAUCUGUGCAUGACAAUGAUCAAGCAGGCAACAGGAGAGCUUGGGAUAAAGCAGCAAUGCCCAUCCGGCUUGGUGAGGGACCUUCUGCAAGAAGUGUCUGGCAAGCUUCUAAGGACGAAGCUACCUUGGAAGCAAUUCGGGUAGCUGGUGAGGACAAUGGAACAUCUCGAGCAACAAGAGUAGCAAUCCCUGAAAUGACUGCAGAAGCUCUUGCUGAUGACAAUGUUGGACAGGAGAGGGAUGCCAUCUGGACUUCUUGGAGCAAUGCAAUGGAUGCCCUUCAAGUAGGUGAUGUAGAUUCAGCCUUUGCAGAAGUAUUGUCCACUGGUGAUGAUAUUUUGCUUGUAAAGCUAAUGGAUAGAACAGGCCCUGUAAUUGACCAACUUUCCAGUGAAGUUGCAUGUGAAAUUGUAAAUGCCAUUGGACAAUUCUUACUGGACCAGAACAUGUAUGACAUCUGUUUGUCUUGGAUUCAGCAGUUGCUGGAGAUAGUAUUGGAAAAUGGCCCUGAUACCUUUAGCAUUCCCAUGGAAGUAAAGAAAGAGCUGCUGCUGAAUUUACACGAAGCUUCAACAGAUACAGCUGAGGCCUGGGAAGGGGUACAGCCAGAUCAGCUUUUAUUGCAGAUGGCAUCAGCCUGGGAAAUUGAUCUGCAACAGCAUGACAAAUAGCUUGUAGAGGACAAACUAUGCUGCUAUUGAAUCUUGAAUGGUGUUGAGUGUAAUUUGGAGUAUAAUGCUGUUCAGGUUUUUUGGCCUCCACACAACAAUGAUUUACAAAUGCCACAAAUUUAUGCUUCUUUUUCUCCUGUAUCUUGGUGAACUUAGGCUGAUCCUAUACCGGUCAGAGCAAUGUUUGACCGGUGAAUAUCAUCGUUAUUUUUUUUUGGUAUCAACAAAUAUUGUCACUACUAAGAGGUAGUGUCUGGUUGUUAGCAAUUGCCCAGCUUAUAAGCAUUAUGUAAAUUGAGACGAGUGAACCAAUCUUUCUUGUAAUUAUUAUAUGUAAUUUGUUCUUGAUUCCCUAGUUUAUUUGCAUCA